AGCUCUCUCUCUCUCUCUCUCUCUCCUCUUCUCCAUUGAAGAACUUUAAGAAGAACCUUCUCAUCCCUUCCCUCCAUUAAAAUCCACUCUACCACCUCUUCUCCUCUUCAUCACCACACACUCUCUCUCUCUCUCUCUCUCUCUCUCUCUUUUCCAUGGAUACACAUCCAAACAGCAUUCCUCGGCAGCUUCAAAAUCAUCAGACACUGUCUCUGGACAGCAGCAGUGGCCAAGACAAGAUGAUCAUCAGCACUAGCAGUAGCAGCUUUCCGAACUCCCCCGAGUUCGAGUUCUGGAGCAUGCUCCGGAACCCGGCGUUGCCUGGACCCGCCCGUCUCCUCUCAGCCGAUGAGCUCUUCUCCGAUGGUGUCCUCCUUCCACUCGACCGCCUCUCCCUCCGGCCCUCCACUGAUCCGCCUGAUGAUCUACUGCCCGGCUCGACUGAGCGGGAUACUCAUUCCUCCAUGGUUCUGGAACCAGCUCGACCCGGCACGCAGCUGGCUGCGACGGCGGAGCCCGCGUCCAGUUCAAAGCGGUGGAGGGACAUCUUCAAGAAGAGCGAGAAGAAGAGCCCAUUGCACGAUCAAGCCGAAGAUGCUGGCACUCAUGGAAAGGAGAAGGAAAAUAAAGAGAAGUUAGAAAAGGGGAGGAGGAAAGAGAAGCGGAGCCGCGGCGGGUCUGGCAGCUCGCCCGAACUGAACAUUAACAUCUGGCCCUUCUCACGGAGCAGAUCCGCCGGGAACAGUGGAACCCGACCCAUGAAUCCCCUCGGGACCCCAGUAACCCGGAAAGUGAGCAGCGCCCCUUGCUCGAGGAGCAACUCAGCAGGAGAUUCCAAGUCGAGGAUUAGUAAUGGCUAUAAGUGGCCCAACAGCCCAGGUCGGGCCGGGGUUCACAUUGGCAGGAGCAGCCCCAUUUGGCAACCAAGGCGAGGCGGGGCAUCAGGUUUCAGCUCCCGGAGCUCCACCUCCAUCGAGUCCACAGUUCUGAUCUCUCGGAAGGGAGGAGGUGGAUGCCGCAAUGUCAAGGACUGCACCAAAACAAAAGCUCGGGUUUUGAAUGUAAACAUUCCGACAUGCAUUGAAUCAAAAGCUUGCUUACUCUGUCGAGGCGAAGCCGGCGGCAUGACCACCAUUCGUGCCGGUGGAGGUGGUCGUAACCGUGGCGGUAGUCUAUUUAACGUUAGGGGCUUGUUCACCAAGAAAGUGCCAUUAAUCAAUUAAUUUUAGACCAGUUUUUUUUUUU